GCGCCGCGGGCACCGCGGAGACCGGGACGCACGGCCCGCGCGCGGGACGCGGCCAUGGAAGACGCGGGAGCCGCUGGCCCGGGGCCCGGGCCUGAGCACGCGUCGGAGCCGGAGCCCGAGCCCGAGCCCGAGCCCGAGCCCGAGCCGGGGGCCGGCACGUCCGAGGCGUUCUCCCGACUCUGGACCGAUGUGAUGGGCAUCCUGGACGGUUCGCUGGGAAACAUCGACGACCUGGCACAGCAGUAUGCUGAUUAUUACAAUACCUGCUUCUCUGAUGUGUGCGAGAGGAUGGAAGAGCUGCGGAAACGGCGGGUUUCCCAGGACCUGGAUGUGGAGAAACCCGAUGCCAGCCCCACGUCACUUCAGCUGCGGUCCCAGAUCGAAGAGUCGCUUGGCUUCUGCAGCGCCGUGUCUACACCAGAAGUGGAGAGAAAGAACCCUCUUCACAAAUCAAACUCAGACGACAGUUCUGUAGGAAAAGGAGAUUGGAAGAAGAAAAAUAAGCAUUUCUGGCAGAACUUUCGAAAGAACCAGAAAGGAAUAAUGAGGCACACUUCAAAAGGAGAAGACGUUGGAUACGUUGCGAGUGAGAUCACAAUGAGUGAUGAAGAACGCAUUCAGCUCAUGAUGAUGGUUAAAGAAAAGAUGAUCACCAUUGAGGAGGCACUGGCCAGGCUCAAAGAGUACGAGGCCCAGAACCGGCAGUCAGCUACCUUGGACCCUGCUGACUGGCCAGACGGUUCCUACCCAACAUUUGAUGGCUCCUCGAACUGCAAUUCAAGAGAACAAUCGGAUGAUGAGACCGAGGAGUCGGUGAAGUUUAAGAGGUUACACAAGCUGGUAAACUCCACUCGCAGAGUCAGAAAGAAACUAAUUAGAGUGGAAGAAAUGAAAAAACCCAGCACUGAAGGUGGGGAGGAGCAGGUGUUGGAGAAUUCCCCCGUCCUGGAUGAAAGGUCCGCCCUUUACUCUGGAGUGCACAAGAAGCCAUUUUUCUUCGAUGGCUCUCCUGAGAAACCUCCCGAUGACUCAGAUUCCACGUCUCCAUCAUCCAGCAGCCUGGACACCUGGGGAGCUGGCCGGAAGCUGGUCAAAACCUUCAGCAAAGGAGAAAGUCGGGGCCUGAUUAAGCCCCCCAAGAAGAUGGGGACGUUCUUCUCUUAUCCAGAAGAAGAAAAGGCCCAGAAAGUGUCCCGCUCCCUCACUGAGGGGGAGAUGAGGAAGGGUCUCGGGUCCCUGAGCCACGGGGUAAGUACAGAUGGUGUUUGCUUCUAUGACCACCACCGUCGCAGGCACCACCUUCUGGUGUCCCUGGAGGAGGUUCAGAGUGUCCGGAAGCAGAUCCGCUUGAAGAAAACGGAUACUAAUUAUUCCUGUUCCAGAGCUUUUCUCUGCCAGCGUCCCUCCAGGAAAGGAGUGCACAGCACCCCCUGUGACCUGCAGCUGCUGCGGCAGAAAUGCAAAGGGGGCGGGAGCUGCGGCCUCCCCGGCAGGAGGGCGCGCGGGCGCCCCGCGGUCAGCGAGUUCAAUGUCACCUACGUGGUGGAGCGGAGUCUCUACAGCCACCUGAACGUGACCCAGCUCGUGCGUCCUGCCUCAGACAGGACCCUGAGCAAGGCUGAGAAACAGGACCUGAGGCGGUGCCUGCUGGAGGAGGAGGAGGAGGCAAAGAGAAAGUGGGCGGCCACAGUCGACCGCUGCACUAAGAGGGUUCUCUUGAGAAUCCACCAGAAGUCUAGAACCUGCAGUUUUGGAGGAUUUGACUUGACAAAUCGUUCUCUGCACACUAGCAGUAAUAAUUCUGACCCGAUGGGUAAAGAAGGAGAUUUUGUGUACAAAGAAGUAAUCAAAUCACCCACUGCCUCCCGCAUCUCUCUUGGAAAAAAGGUGAAAUCAGUGAAAGAGACAAUGAGGAAGAGAAUGUCUAAAAAAUACAGCAGCUCUGUCUCUGAGCAGGACUCAGGCCUUGAUGGAAUGCCAGGCUCCCCUCCACCUUCACAGCCUGACGUGCACCACGCGGACACACCCAAGCUCAAAGCCGGAGGUUCUGUGGAAAGUCUUCGGAGUUCUCUGAGUGGGCAGAGCUCGAUGAGUGGUCAGACGGUAAGUACCACCGAUUCCUCAACCAGCAACAGGGAAAGUGUCAAGUCGGAAGAUGGUGAUGACGAAGAGCCGCCCUACCGGGGCCCGUUCUGUGGGCGCGCCAGGGUGCACACUGACUUCACCCCCAGCCCCUACGACACAGACUCGCUCAAGCUCAAGAAAGGAGAUAUCAUUGACAUCAUCAGCAAACCACCCAUGGGCACCUGGAUGGGCCUGUUGAACAACAAAGUGGGCACCUUCAAAUUCAUCUACGUGGAUGUGCUGAAUGAAGAGGAGGAGAAGCCCAAGCGGCCCACCAGGAGGAGGAGGAAAGGAAGACCACCCCAGCCCAAGUCCGUGGAAGACCUCCUUGACCGGAUCAACCUGAAAGAGCACAUGCCCACUUUCCUCUUCAAUGGCUAUGAAGAUUUAGACACCUUCAAGCUUCUGGAGGAGGAAGACCUGGAUGAGUUGAAUAUCAGGGACCCAGAACACAGAGCUGUUCUCUUGACAGCAGUGGAGCUGUUACAGGAAUAUGAUAGUAACAGUGACCAGUCAGGAUCCCAGGAGAAGCUGCUUGUUGACAGCCAGGGCCUGAGUGGACGCUCCCCACGAGACUCAGGAUGCUACGAAAGCAGCGAGAACCUGGAAAAUGGCAAGGCUCGGAAGACGGGACUCCUAUCUGCCAAGUCAUCAACCGCGUCCAGCUUGAAGUCUUUCAGCAGGAACCAGCUGGGCAACUACCCCACGCUGCCUUUAAUGAAGUCUGGGGACGCGCUCAAGCAGGGAGAGGAGCGCAGGCUGGGUGGUGGCCUCACCCCGGACACCUCCCUGUGCUGCGACCCACCCUGUGUGACCAGUUUCAAUAAAAACCGACGAAGCCUCCCUGUUUCCAUCUGUCGGAGCUGUGAGACCCUGGAGGCCCCCCAGACUGUGGAAUCGUGGCCCCGAUCCCAUUCCCUGGAUGACCUUCAAGGAGAGCCUGGUGCUGAGCAAGAUGUGCCUACUCAGGUGACGGGACCUCCCCCUCCGACUGUACCAGAAGUGCCACAGAAGACAGCGGCCUCCUCUGCCAAGGCCCAGCCCCCCGAGCAGGCCUCUGCUGUUGACAGUGCGCUGCUACUGACCCAAAGCAAGAGAUUUUCUGAACCUCAGACAGCGACUACUAAGAAACUGGAUGGCUCCAUGGCAGCCUGUUGCCACAGCCUCUCCCCUCCCCAGUGUUUGCCCAGAAGCCACGAUUCCCGGCCUGCUGGAGCUAAACACGCUUUAGCAAGGACACCUCUUGAGGGUCACAGGAAAGGACAUGAUUUUGAAGGAACAUGCCAUCCCCCGGGCACCAAAGAAGGGGUAGAUGCUGAGCAGAGGGUCCCCGAGCCAAGAACGCAGCCAAAAAAUCCAUCACAGCCUCCACCUGUUCCUGCCAAAAAGAGCAGAGAACGCCUGGCUAAUGGACUCUACCCUGUGCCUAUGGGCCCUGCUGGGACCCUGCCCAGUCCGGAUGCUCCAUGCCUGCCCCUGAAAAAGGCCAGCCCCGCCAGCCCCACCAGCCCCAGUGACUGUCCCUCAGCACAGGUUCCUAGGCCUCCCUCGGGGCAGGAGCCUGGCAGCCCAGCAAGCACAAGACCACCCCCCUGGCUCUCAGAGCUCCCAGAGAACACGAGCCUUCAGGAGCAUGGCGUGAAGCUGGGCCCAGCUCUGACCAGGAAGAUCUCCUGUGCCCGGGGAGUCGAUCUAGAAAUGCUCACUGAAAACAAGCUACACGCCGAAGGCAUCGACCUCACCGAGGAACCGUAUUCUGAUAAGCAUGGCCGCUGUGGGAUUCCUGAAGCCCUGGUACAGAGAUAUGCAGAAGACUUAGAUCAGCCCAAGAGGGACAUCGCCACCAACAUGGACCAGAUCCGGGUGAAGUUGCUUCGGAAGCAGCACCGCAUGGCAAUCCCAAGUGGUGGACUCACGGAAAUCUGUAGAAAGCCCCUGUCUCCUGGGUGCAUUUCAUCUGUGUCAGAUUGGCUCAUUUCCAUCGGUCUGCCCAUGUAUACCAGCACCCUCUCUGCAGCAGGGGUCAGUGCACUGAGCCAAGUGCCUUCUCUGUCCCACACUUGCCUUCAGGAGGCCGGCAUCACAGAGGAGAGACACAUAAGAAAGCUCGUGUCAGCAGCCAGACUCUUCAAAUUGCCGCCAGGCCCCGAGGCCAUGUAGCCAGGCCUGUAGAGGACCUCCCUGGACAAAGAGCCACCCUUUCACUGUGCUCAUGAUGCUGAUGCAAUUCCUCUAACUCUGGACAUGCAGACCAGAUCCAGAAGAAAGGCCCAACCUGUGGCCGAACAGUGCACAAAACCUUGGCACAGGACUAGGACCCACUCCUCCAGAAAAGCUAGCUCCCUCAAGGAAACUGGUACAGUUCUCUUUGACCCCCAAAGAAAAGACAAGCACUUGUUUUUAUUUUCAGAACACAAAAGAACCAAGAUGCCAACUGACUACGAAUGCUGUGCCUCCAUUCUGUCUUUGUGCACUGGCAGUGAGCCCGGGGGAAGAGGGCAGGGAAGAAUUCCAUUUCUGAUAGUGCCCUUGCCCUUCUGUCUGUCACCCUGCAAGAUGCCCCAGGGCCAGACAGGCUUAGCUAGGCUAAAGUCAUAAACUUGGGAGUUAUUGUACACUAUUGACCAUGCUCAUUUGUUCAGAAGUUAGAACAUCGGGCUGCACCAGAAAAAAAAAAAUCCUAUUCUCCUUUAGAUAAACAAGAGAUGUUUAAUAAUUGCUUUCUUGCAAUCAGCUUUUAUUUGCCUUAAUAUAAGCUUUUAAGCAGUUAUCUAACUAGUGUCCACAACCCUGUAACCAUAGUUCCAAAUCUUCAGCUUAGACUGCCAUCUAAUAUAUCUGGGAUGUUUUCAGCAAAAAUGGGCUUUUCUAAUUGUCUCAUUCUAACAUGGCUUAGUUUGUAGGGGUGUUUAUCAGGCACGCAUUUCAGUUUUUAAACUAACUACAAAUCCAGUAAAAAGCUGUGUGAAAUUCAAGAAGAUACUGUGUGUGUGUGCGUGCGUGCGUGCGUGCGUGUGUGUGUGUGUGUUGCAACUGCCUUUCAUUUGAAUCAGUUUAGUAUCAUUACCAUGUUGGUCGUUGUGCUGCAGUAUUGACUUGGAAUUCUGACCGUGUCCAUUCCAAAAUUCAGUCGUCAGCUAAUGGAUCGCCUUUGCAGAAAGUCAUUGUUAUGGUGGAAUAUUUCAGAAAGAUGUUUUUAAAAAGGGAAGUAGCUUAUGAUGUUUUUAAAGUUUUUUCAGUUUUAUAAUUAAGAUACUGUUAUCCUUUUCUUAUUUAGAUAUUCUUUCAUUUGCAACAAAGGUUCACUAUGGAGCCAGACAAACCACAUUAGCCAUGUAUUAAGUAUUUGCUUAUUUUCAAUUGUUUUCCAACUGAUUUCAGCACCUUCUUUCCUCUUUUAAUCUAGUGGCUGAUUUUUUAGCAAACAGCAAGUUUAGACAACUAAGCUAUUAAGGUUUCAUUGUUUACAAAAUGAUUUUCCCAUACGUUCUUAUCAUGAGCACUAUUUUAAGCAUCCAAUGUGAUCAUUUAUCAUAGAAACACUUUGAACACCCGGCUUUGAUCAAAAGUUCUGUAAUAUUUCCUCUACUAAUUAAAACAAAUGAUUUCCCUUGGGGGAGAAAAGUGACUUCAUUCAUUACAAAGCUGUCUUUAGCAUGUGCUUUAUACAUCUGAAUCUGAAUCUGAAAAGGACAUUUUCAGGUGAUGUGUUUUUUCAUGCUUUAGGUAUAUAUUUUUAAAAAUAAGGUAUGUUUCUUCGAUGCCAUGUGAAGAAGUUGUGGAAAUGAAGAAUUAGAAAGGUAAAGUUGCCAAGUUUUUAUAGAACUCUUAUAAGCAGCUCAUUUUUGCCCUCUGGGGUUGUGGCACAGCCAUCGGGAAUGUAGUGAGGCCACAGGGCUCUCCUAAUGCUGUAGCACUCAAGCGUGUCUCGUGUGCUAGGGUGGAGAUGGGCACAGAAAAACCCUUCUCUUCCUGCUUUCGAAAUACCUCGCCUUGACAUUCUGACAGAUCCUGCUUAUCGUUUAAGAUGAGCAAAAAGGCCACGCAGGUCAUGUAAGAGGUAACAAAGGAGAAGAAAUCCCAUGUGAAUUUCCAAGUUUUAGUUCAUUCUCAGUAUGUUUUUCAUUUAAGUAAAAGUAGCACCAGAAAAGGUAACUUUCUGAUUGGAGUUUUUGAGAAUGCCAAACCGUAUUUUUAUUACUCUCCUUUGGAAGUCAUUGCCUUCGCAUAGAAAAUCAAAUUCAGGGACCACAAAUAAUUUUCAGCGGGAGCGUCUGUCUAAUCGAAGGGGUCUGAGUUGUUUUUACUUUUCUGUGUUGUUUUUGACAUUAAAAAAAAAAAAUCUUUAGUGUGUGUUUGGUCUUCUUUUGCUUUAAACUUUUAAUUUGGUCUGAGAAAAGCCUGAAUGUUUGUGUGUGACAUUUGACUGAAGUGGUUUGGGGCCACCUGUGGACAUUUGUAGACAGGUGGUAGGCUUCAGUGAUGUCCCAUUUUGAUCAGUUGCAUUUGGUGCAGAAUUUUGAAUAAGGGUGAAAAUUGUUGUCUUUGGAAAGCACAAAAGAAACCUGGAAAGGCAGUUUGGCUCAGGUAGCUACAAUAACACUGUAAUUUUUACUUCAAAGCUGUUAAUGCAGCCAGCUCCUACUGCUAUUUACAUUCCCAGAUAACCAAGAAGCAGAUAUCUUUUCAUGGUCUUGCCUUAGUCAAAAGGCCCUUUUCUCUGUCCUAAUCCUGGCUGUGGAUGAAAUUGGAAAUUACUAGUCUAUUGGAAAUCAGUUCCUGACAUAGCAAGGUUUGUUUUCAUAGCUGCAGCAAAAGAGGUCAAUUAGCCAAGUCACUGCUGCAUGUUUGUACUGUAUUAUUUUCAGAAAAAAAUAUAAUAGUCUGAGUCCAAGUUAUUUUGAUUUUAAAUUGAGAGAGAAAACAAACUGUCAAGCAAGUUAUAUAACAACUAACAACAUUGCACUUUCUGUAUAUGAAAUCAAUAUUUAAAUAACUUAUUUUUCUCCAUUGCUGUUCUUAAACAUUGUAAGUAGCUGUAAUAUACCAGUACCAAUAUGUUCUUGCAAUUGCUUCAGCCCAAGAAAGCUGUGUAUUGUUUUAAAAAUUGUAAAAAUUAUUGUGAUGAUUCAUUUAGCAAAAAGAAAGGUUGACAGAAGGGUUUUCCUAUGUAUCAAAACUUGUCUAUAAUUAUGUCAUCUAUGUACCUAGAAAAAAAAAAGUAAAAUAAAUUUCUUCAGUUGAA